AUGUCGUUACCAUCCCCUGAGGCUGUCCAGCCUGGACUUGAAGUCGUCAGUAAUAAGUCAGCUGGACUUGAGGUUGUCAACAAACCACCAGUGUAUGGGAACUAUUCGCCAAUGCCACAAUCACCUCACCAGAAAGGUGCUUAUACAGCAUCGGCUUCUCCUACAGGGAAUGGGGAUUAUAAGGACGAAAAACCCGAACGAACGAUAUUAGGAAUGCGAGGUGCAACUUUUUGCUUGUUUUUGGCUCUAAUAUUCGUUAUUGUUGCAGCUGGUGUAGGUGGAGGCGUUGGUGGAACUCUGGCUGUCAACAACGCAAGAAAGAAUGCGGUAGCCUCGGCGUUACCAGUUACAAUAACUCAGACAAUAUCUCCGACUUCGUGUCCAGCACCUAGUCCUACCUCGGUCGACUUAGCUACAGCUACGGAUGCAUUUGUCGCGCCCACUCCCAUCCGCGUCGCCCUCGACUGCAAGACCUUAAGCGGUACCACCCAGUUCGUCACCGUCGACUCAAAACAAUACCUCUUCGCCCUUACCUGCGGCCAAGAUUUCGGACCUGUCGAUGGAAAAACCUCAGAUAUUUUAGCCACAACAACAUACUCCCUAAUGGAUUGUUUUCGAUCCUGUGCUUACUACAACGCCAACAACGCCAAUGGUUGUAAAGCUGUGGCUUUCACUGCUACUCUCAGAGACAGCAUUACAAGCCAUGAUGGGAAUUGUUGGCUGAAGAAUAGUACCGGAAACCUCAACCGCAACGCGGACGCGAACAAUCAAGCUGUCGCUGUCUUUACCAGCGUGACACAAUGA